AUGGGGAAACCCAACCAAAUUAUUCCUAAAGCUCCCUUAAAUCCUAUUCCUGUGAUAGGUGGGCCUUUUGUAGAAUUAGUUAUUGAUGUGGUUGGGCCUUUGCCUAAAACUAAGUCAGGAUUACCCAUCAUCUUGACAAUUAUGGAUAGAGCAUCUCGAUUCCCUGAGGCCUUCCCAAUGAGAAGGAUAACCUCUAAGGUUGUAUUUGACAAACUAAUUGAAUUCUUUUCCAGGUAUGGUCUCCCUUGUACUGUUCAAAUUGACUGCGGUACAAAUUUUACUAGUAAGGUAUUUAAAGAUUUAUUUCAGAAUUCCCCAGGUCGAACUAAUUUUCUUGAGCAUGAUGUAGAUGUUGGGAAUGCUUCUCCUGUAAAACAGAGUCCUUAUCGGCUGAAUCCCGUUAAGAGGGAUAAAGUUGAUAAGGAGAUUAAAUAUAUGCUGGAACACGAUCUCAUCCAACCUUCCGUUAGUCCAUGGAGCUCCCGAUAG